AUGUGUUCUGGGAAUUUUGCAAAGUGUUUGGGUAUCACCCUCAUUCCUUUAGCUAUCCUUUGCUUCCUCUGCAACGUCCUGCUGCUCUUCCCUGGAGGUAAACCUGCGAAGAACAAUAAUGACAUUACAGAUGAGGCCUGGUACUUCGGAGGAAUAAUCGGCUCUGGAAUAUUGAUGAUUUUCCCAGCACUCGUCUUCUUGGGACUGAAAACCAAUGACUGCUGUGGCUGCUGUGGCAAUGAGAGCUGUGGGCAAAGAUUUGCGAUGUUUUUCUCCAUUAUAUUUGCUGCAGUUGGCCUUUUGGGAGCUGGUUAUUCUUUCAUCGUGUCAGCGGUUGCCAUUAAUCGGGGGCCUAAAUGUUUAACAAAUGGCACAUAUACAUACCCAUUCAAUGAGGGUAACUACCUGUCCAACAAAACAAUUUGGGACUUUUGUGAGGGGCCUUCAGGGAUCGUGUCAUGGCACCUAACGCUCUUCUCCAUGCUGUUGAUAAUGGGCCUGGUUCAAAUGGCGCUGUGUAUAUUUCAGGUCGUCAAUGGCCUAAUUGGCACCAUCUGCGGAGACUGCUGUGGAUGUUGCGGGGUAUGA